AAUGAAGUCUUGUCGAGUAACUUGAGUUGUUCGUCGUUGGAAAUUCGAGCUGUAAAUGCAGAGAUAAGUUCAGCCUUGGAUGUAAAGUUGAACAGUCCCGCCGAGCGUGUUAAAUCCCUUGUAUCCAAGGUCACGUGCUUGCAUUCAACAUGGAAUGCUUUUAAUUCUAGACUGUACAAUCUCAAGAGCGUGUCGCUGAGUAAUGCGUUGUCGUAA